GUGGAACUGCGCGUGCGCACUUCCUCAUCCUAGCUGAAGAAUCUAAGAUGGAGGUGUGUGUGAACGCUCCGAGGUCCAGGCGUAACUUGGUAUUUCCGGACGGUUCUGUGGUCCGAGAUGUUCUGACCCGGUUCGUCCAGCUACAGGGAGUUUCCUCUGGUGAUUUCUACGUCGUCAGAAACGGUCGACUGUUGGAUCUGGAGGAUCCUCUGCAGCAUGGAGCCAUCUAUCACCUGGAGCCUCGCCUCUGUGGAGGGAAGGGAGGGUUUGGUUCCAUGCUGCGAGCUCUCGGCGCUCAGAUCGAGAAGACGACGAACCGUGAAGCCUGCAGAGAUUUGAGCGGACGACGUCUCCGAGAUGUAAACCACGAGAAAGAGAUGGCGGAGUGGCUGAAGAAGCAGGCGGAGCGUGAGGCAGAGAAGGAGCAGCGUCGCCUGGAGCGUCUGCAGCGGAAACUGUCAGAACCCAAACAUCAGUUCACCGAUCCAGAAUAUCAGCAGCAGUGUCACGACCUGUCGGAGAGGCUGGAGGACUCUGUGCUCAAAGGUCUGCAGGCGUCCUCCAGCAGUCAGGUGAAGGUGGACGGCGUCUCAGCAGCAAAGAGACCAAACUGGGAUCAGAGUGAGCAGCCGGAGGAGAAGAAGAAGAAGCAGGCGAAGACAGCAGCGUGUUUCUGGACCGGAUUGGGUGAGCUGGAUGAGCUGCUGAGCUCAGAGGACGAAGGCGAUGACGAGUCUCCGUCCACGUCCUCCGACAGCUGUGGAGCUGUUACCGUGGCGAUACAGAGAGAGGAGGCGGAGCCUGAGCAGAGCAGCAGACCCACAGAGGACCAGAAACCUCCAGAAACCUCCACAGACCAGACCAUCAGACCCACAGAGGACCAGAAACCUCCAGAAACCUCCACAGACCAGACCAUCAGACCCACAGAGGACCAGAAACCUCCAGAAACCUCCACAGACCAGACCAUCAGACCCACAGAGGACCAGAAACCUCCAGAAUCUUCCAAAGCAUCAGAGGAGUCCAGCUGUCGGUCUCAGCACCUGUCAGUGGAUCUGUCCUCAGUAUCGUCAGUCCAUCAGUUGGAGUCUCUGGGUCUGGAUGUCCUGAAGGAGGAACUGAUGUCUCGUGGGUUGAAGUGUGGGGGGACGUUGUCAGAGCGCGCUGCCCGACUCUUCUCCAUCAGAGGACUGACCCCAGAUCAGAUCGACCCGGAGCUGCUCGCCAAACCUGGCAAGGCCAAGAGGAAGUGAAGAGGUCAGAGGCGGGGACGGGGACCGGGCGGAGUUUCUUGGCCUCACCUGCAUCAGAUCAGAGGAUUUCUGAAAGUCGCUGUCGUGGUUUUUCAUUGGUCAGCGGGUUUUUUUUGUGUGUUUUUUUUCACGUUGGACAGAAUAAAUCAGAUGACAGGAAAAAGCUGUGAAGAGACCUGGGUCAGACUGAUCCAGUGGGACAGGUCAGAGGUCAGUGCAGGGACAGCAACUGAUUUGACCAAUCAGGAACCAGGAUUGUACAAACUGCUGAAUUUCUUGUCUCUGUCACACGAGUUUGUAAAACGCUUGCUAACGUGUCAAACAUUUGAUUGAACACCAGUUUUUAUUCAGACGUCUCCAAAUAAAACAAAGUUUGUCUCUUCUGUCGAAAGUCUCACCUGGCUGCAGUGAUGUACAGGUGUCCUCACCUGCUGAGAGGAGACAGACCCUCACUUCCUGUCCAGAAGCUGCUGCUGUGAGUUCAUCAGACUUCACACUAGGGUUUGUUGUGGUUGUUCUGUGUUUUCAGAGUUAGUAGUGUUGACGUGUUGUAGAUGGAGUGAUAGAUAUAUUCUAUAUAGCCAAACAUUUCCUGUGUAUCCCAGCCUCAUCUGUGCUGUGUGAACGAAAGUUUGUAAAAGAAGAGACCGAUUGAGUCUUAAUUAAAACUCAUACAGUUA